AUGAAGAGGAUGCGAGAGCCCUUUGAGAAGUCCAAGAAGGUAAAGAAAGCAAAGUUGGGAGAAUCUUCUGGGUCAAGACCUCCAGUCCCUCUGGCUGGCUCUCCAAGUAAGUCUAUACCUCUCUCCCUCUCUGUUAAAAUAAAACCUAUUGCUUCUUCUCUUCCCCAAACCACUCCAAUAUGCACCUCCUCUGAAACACCUCCCUCAACCACCAAAACCUCUAACCCACCCUCACUUAAAUUCAACCUUGCUACCACCACACUACCCGUUUCUGAAGCAGAAAUGCUGAAUGAAACUACCUCACCAUCAUCAUCAUCCUCACCUCAAUCCCCACCAUAUUAUGUACUCUCCUCUAACAAUGAACCAUCUGACCCUCAAUCCCCCACUCUGGCUCAGCUACAAGCUCGUGCUCUGGCCUCUCAACAACCAUCACACACUGAACCUGAACCAGAAGUCACUUCCCCACCUCUUGAACAUCCAAAUCCAACAACAUUUGAACAACCUCAAACACCACCACCUGCACAACAACCAAAUCCACCUCCUGAACAACCAAUCAACUCUGAACCUCAACCAAUCCACUCACCAUCUGAACCAAAUCCACAACCUGAACAAACAACAUCGUUCCCCUAUGUCAUUCCCACACCACCAGCUUCCGCUAAGAAGGAAGCAGAAGAGAAAGUGCGCCUAGAAGAAGAACAACGGAUCAGAGAAGCUGAAGAAAAGGUUGUCACUGAAGCUGUUGCUGCUGCGGCUGCUGCUGAAGCUGAGGCGAAAGCUAUAGCUAAAGCUGAAGAAGCAGCGCGUAUUGCUGCAGAGGAAGCUGCCAAGGCCAUGGCUGAUGCUUUGACUCAGGGGGAGCACUCCAACUCUGGGUUUGCCCCUCUGUUCUUAAAGACUCUAGAGGAAUUACAAAAGGAACAACAAGUGGUACGAGCUAGGCUGGACCAACAGGACUCCGUCAACAUCAACAUUCAGAACAUGUUGUCUCAGCUGCUACAAAGGAUGCCUCCGCCCCCAAACCCUUAG